UCCAUUUCCUGAAAAACCUUUGGAAGGACAGAAUUUUUAAUGAAUGGACAAAUGUGUGGAUUUCAUGUGUUUCAAACUUUAGAUUUCUGAAGCCAUUGAUCUCAUUUUGUGCUCAACAGAAGAAACUCAAACUGUUUUAAAACAACACGAGGGUACAGUAAGUGAGAAAUAACUUAUUAAUUGGGAAUGUUGUGAAAGAAGAAUCCGUCAAUCAUUUCACACAUGAAGAAUGAAAUUGCACAUGUGUCAGCAGAGCUCUUUAACCCUUACGCUUGGUGAGUUAUUCAGCUCUUUGCUAAUAGGUUUGGCAUGUGAAUGUGCGUGUCACGCAAUACUGCCCUCCAUGUGGCAGCCGUGUCUUGUGUCACUGACAAGUUAAUAUCUACUACAGACUGCACGAGUCAUGAUUAGAAAGAACUGGAACUUAAACAUUUUAUUGGUUAGGGGACUGAAAAAAUGUGAGAUAAAAACAUGAUCUAUUUUUAAAUGAAUAAGGACUACCUAGUAGCUCUUACGUGCAGUAGGAUCCCGGGGUAUUCCUGGAUAGAGUGAUGUUGGAGGAAAUUAUGAAUUACUGAAAUAAGACAAUACAUAUAAAAAUAGGAUAACUUAAGUCGCCAUUAAAUGCAAUGGAUGUUAUAUGACAUUAAUUCAAUCUGAAGGUAUUUAUUAGUAGACGUCAUUACUCCACCACCUGUAUGGCGUGAUCAACUAGAUUGCUGAACCAACUUGGUUCAAACGAUGAAUCUCCGACAGAGUUAAUGCGGAUUCGCAAAACAGUCGUAACUACAUCAUUAAUUUCCCCAAUGAUCCAUCUUACUAUGCUGGACAACUAGCGAGUUAUGUCGUAGUUCGAGAAACGCAACCCAGGUUGGAUGUCCGAGCACAGUUUGAGGUUUUGUUAAAAUCUACUUUAAAGUCCCCGUUAACGGAAGUUGCGAUCGUAUUUACCCCCGUAUUCGGAUGCAUUUCCGAGUGAAAGGGAAUUUUAAAGGAGAAAAUGAGUGGGCGUGGCUUCAGUUUUUCACUGCGAAUUGAUUGGAUUUAAAAACAGCUGUUGCAUUGAUUUUGAAAUGAAGCUGGCAGCAGAGUGACAGUUGAAGGGGAGGAGUUAAAGGAUGCUCCGCCCAAGCCGUCUGAUUUACGUCAUUUCAGGGCGGGAGUGCAUUUUCUGAUUUUACCUGUAGAUUAUGAGGGCACAUAAAUUUAAAAAAGAAAACGAUCCUCAUUGAUAAUCUAUUUACUAUAAACGUUGCAAUAUUUCAUGAAAAAAUAAGUCUUAUCAUGUUUUAUUUCACUGGGACUUUAAGUCAAAAUCGUCUUCUCUGUUUUCAACUCUCUUUAUGAAAGUACAAGAUUUGUCUCUGGCCAUAAGAAAGAACAAAAAUAAAAGAUGAGAUGUCUUUCGUUUCAGUUAUCGAUCGUAGAAUACACUCAGAUGUUUCUCCUGAGAAAUAGAGUCAGAAAUCUGACUAAUCUGUCAUGUGAGUUUGUCAAGAGAUGUCAACAAUGUCUCAAACUGAACUCAGAUUUGUCUCGUCUGCAAUCAAAAGUCAAUAUUCUUCAAGAUCUCAACAUGAAUUCAAACAUUUCAUCACAAUUACUCAAAUCCAAAUCAAGCUCCCUGUAUUCUGCAUUAACAAAUGUUCCCGCUUCAAUCUUCACACAGUAAAUCUUGUUACAACAGUCAAUUCAUCUUGAUGUUUUUGACUUUCCCAAAGUCGUGUGGAACACCUGAAAUGAAACAGGAUGAGAAGAGAGAGCCGAUGGACAUCACCGAAUCAAACAGCUGAGGAAUGAGCCAACAUUUCUUCCAUGUGUCCUCUAGAGAGCGAAAUCCUGUUAUUCUAAACCACUGUUGUUCCUAAAUCACAAUAGACCCUGAGCUUGGGGGUACACGCCUGUACGUGUAUGAAGAAUCAUCAUCUACCUGUCACUUCCUAAAGAGGACAUGUGUUAUUUAUAUCGGCCAGUAGACAACAGCACGGAUCAUCUACAAAAGGCUUCCGUCAGCGUCUCAUUGUUCAGCUGCAGUUUUGGAGUCCGUCACUGUUCUGAGCGCCUCCAUCUACAUCAGCCAUGGCACCCAAGAAAGCGAAGAAACGGACGGCAGAAGGAGCAAACUCCAACGUCUUCUCUAUGUUUGAACAGGCUCAGAUCCAGGAGUUUAAAGAGGCAUUCACCAUCAUGGAUCAGAACAGAGAUGGAUUCAUCGACAAGAAUGAUCUGAGAGACACCUUUGCAGCUCUAGGACGUCUGAAUGUGAAACAGGAGGAGAUUGACGACAUGUUGAAGGAGGCGUCUGGUCCCAUUAAUUUCACGGUUUUCCUCACUAUGUUCGGAGAGAAACUCAAGGGUGCUGAUCCCGAAGAAACCAUCCUUAACGCCUUUAAAGUGUUUGAUCCAGAGGGGAAAGGAAUUCUGAAGAAAGAAUAUGUCACGCAGAUGUUGACCACACAGGCGGACAGAUUUUCAGCAGAGGAGAUGGAACAGAUGUUCGCCGCGUUUCCUCCGGACGCUACUGGAAAUCUGGACUACAAUAAUCUGGUUCACAUCAUCACACAUGGAGAGGAAAAAGAUCAGGAAUAAUUAAUUUAGCCUUCAGCCAAUCGCAGCGCUCGCUGUGUGUUUGAACCCACCCAUUUAUUUAUGA